AUGAAAAUAAUCAAAAUAAUAAGUAUUUGCCUAUAUAGUAUUAACCAAUAUUAUAACUUGAAGAAAUAUAAACUUAAAUAUAUAAAAUAUCCAGAAAUAAAAUUGAUAAGAAAAUUAGCUGAGUUGUUUGAUAUUAAAGAUGAAGAUAUUAUAAAUGAUUCAGGUUUUUCAAUAAAGGAGGUGCAAUUAUUGCAUAAUUUAAAUGAUACAAGAUAUGAAGACACACCAGUUAAAGGACACUUUGAAGAUCCAAGAGAAUUAAUUAUAAAACUAAUAGAUAUGCUAUUUUUAGAUAAUUAUAAAAAAUGUAUGGAAAAACAUAAAACGUAUGUUAAUCAUACAUAUAGGACGCUAGAGUCUUUAAGAAAAGAAUCGUUAACAUUUUUCCAAUCUUCACUUGCAAACGCAAAAAAACAUAUAAAAACAAUAUUCAUGGAUCAUCAAAUAAAUAGAGAUGAAUUAUAUAUGUAUGAAGGUUUGGAUGUUGUUUUACAAUAUGAUGAAGUGAAUACACGCGUAUUUAUUAAUAGAAUGGAUGCAUUCAAAUAUUUAGAUAAGAUGAGAUUUAAUAGAGAACUUUCUUUUAAUGUAGAAGAAAUGUUGCAAUAUUUUGCUAAAUUACUUGAGAAGAACCAAAAACGUUUACAUAAUUUUGGUGAAAAAAUUUACCUCAUCGAUAAAUAUAUUAGUACUCAUUUAGGUUUAAGAGCAAAUAGGUUUCCUUUGAAAUAUACUUCUGGUAGACAUAGAGAAGUUACUGUUUUAAAUAAUUAUAUGGACAAUUCUGUGAAAGAAUUGCAUAAUAAAAUAUUUGGUGAUAAAAAAGAAAAAAUAAUUAAGUCAAAAACUUCCUUCAAAGUAGAUGUUAAGUAUUUGAGUUCAUUCUUUCAAGAUUCAAUUUUAAUAUUAGAUUUUAAUAUAAAUGAAAGCGUACAUACAUUAUUUGUAAAACUAAAUAAGAUAUUAAAAGGAGAUAUAAAAUGUUUGAUAACCUUUAUUUCAUACAUAUUUGAAAUAGAAAGAUCUAGAAAUAAGUUUAUAUUAGAUAAUAUAAAAAGUAAAAUUGAUGAAAAAUUAUUUAUGAAUAUGUUUUUAUAUGAUAUAUAUGAUUUAUAUUUACAAGAAGAAAAAGAUAUAAUAAAUUCCAGAAAUAUAUUUAAAGAAUUUAUAAAAACUACUUAUGGUUUUGACAUAGACAGUUCAAGUAUUAAAUCAUUAGUAAACAAACUUUAUGGAUCAAUUAAUAGUACGGAAAUUUUGGAAUUAUUUGAUUAUAUUGUAAAAAUAUUAUUAUACAAGAAACAAAUAGAAGAAUAUUUAAAUUUCACAAAUUUUCUUAAAGAAGUAUCGGAAGAAAAUAUGUCGAAAAUGAAAAAAUUUAUGCGAUAUGUAUUUAAAUGGGGUGAAGGGAUUGCAUAUAUUCCAAAGAAUAGUUCUCAUCGUGUAGUAUCACAAUUUUUGCAAAUUUAUGAAAAAAAUCAUUUUUUUAAUAAUUUGUAUCGUAUCAAUCAACCGUUAAAAUUGUCUUUAAAAGCAUCAAAAGAUCUUAUAUUGAGAUAUACAGUAUUAAGUGACCUAUUAUAUUUUUUAAAUAAAGAGUUAGUUAGAUUAAGAAAUUCUUCUUAUAUCUCAGAAGAAGAAAAAAAACAAAAUGAAAAUACAAUUUUAUUUUUUAUGUAUACAAUUAACAAGUUCAAUGAACAAGGCAUUUUAUUUCAAAAUUAA